AGCCGUGUUCGGUUCAGUUUAGCCCCAGCUGACCGAAGCUGCCGCCAUGCCACACCCUGAUACAAAGGGGAUGCACAUGCUCAGCGGCCAUCAUGUCACCGGAGUGAACUGGCGGCCCAUUCGAUUCACGAAAGACCUGCCGCCAUCGCUCGUCUGUUGCCUGUGCCGAGUGGUUCCCGAAACGACGGCGAUGCUGCCGUGCUCGCACGCUCUGUGCGAAUCCUGCCGCAGAGCACGACGUCGAGAUGGCCACGACACGUGUCCCUUGGAUCGGAAGCCAUACAGCACCCAUACGGUAUUCUACGCUGCCGACCAAGCAAGCAGCAUCAAGGCUCACUGCUGGAAUGAAGGCUACGGCUGCAAGUACGUAGGCCCCAUUGAAGCUCUGGUGCUGCACUACGACAAGGAAUGCACCUUUCAUGCCAUCCAGUGUCAACGUUGCGAACAACGUAUAUUGCGCACAAACAUCGCUGCGCACUAUGAGGCAGGGUGCCCCUUGAAUGCCAGUUGUCCAAGUUAUGCAGAGCUUAAUGGGCGAACCGGACUAUCAGCCAGUUCAAACACCAUCAACAGCGCAAUCAGCAGCUUCGAGAAUAGUAUUCAACGCAGAAUAGAACAAAUUGAGGCGAACAUCUGCUCGAAGAUGACUCAGCAACUGAAUACCAGACUUCAAGAGUUGAAGGCCCUCAUCAGAGAUCCUUGCGGUGAUCAGCUGUCCUCAGUUCAGAGCCAAAUGAAUGCACUUGUAGAACAAGCGAGGAAUAAUGAUGCUUCCCAAUUGAGGAAAAUUGUAAGUGCACUCAAAGACUCGGAAAAUAUGUUGAAGGGAGAUGUUAACAGAGUUGAAGCGAAUCUGUCAUCGAGUCUUGCGAAUCAAGAGCGCUCUCUGCAAGUUGUGCUAGACUAUGUGAAGCAGAAUAAUAGAUCGCUCGAAAGCGACAGCUCAGGGCCUCGGCCACUUCCACCACUUCCGAAAGAACAGAUUCCUGGCGCUUCGAAACACGGCUCAUCCAGCGCAAACUGGAGACCUUGGCCGAGGGUUCAAUGA